UAUUUUCCAUCAUGGCGGCGUCUUUAUCAACAUAUGAGUUGAUUUUCGGCGUUUGAAAGACUUCAACCAACACAGAUGAGAACAUGCACAGAGACAAGAAAUUAACCAAGGAAGACACAUGGGGACCAGCUGACCUGAGAAGACACAUCAGGGAGGAGGGACAUGCUGAUGACAAUGUCAGGAGGAGAGAUGACAGUGAGAGAAAGCACCGUGGUGGGGAAUCCGUAGAGAGACGCCGCAGGGACCCAGAGAAGGAGUCAAGACGAGAGAGAGACAAGCCCACGGAGAUUACAAGGGAAAGAAGAGAUGAAGACGAAAAAGAGCGAAAUUCAGAUCGAAAAAAAGAGGCAUCGCGGGAUAGGAGAGGCGAUAAGGAAAAGGAUAGAAAGGGAGAUGACAGGGAGAAGAGAAUGGAGAGAGACAAGUUGGUGGCUGGGAAGAGGCACGAUGAUGACUACAAGAGGCGGGAUAGAGAGGACAAGCAUGAAAGGGUGAAGGACAAGGAAAGACACAGAGAUAAGGAGAAAGAGAGGGAUAAAGAGGGACGCAGUGAGGAGGACAGGGACAAAAGAAGGGAAGAGAGAGAAAAGGAAAGACGAAGAGAAGAGCGGGACAGAGAACACAGGACCGGAGACCGGCGGGAGAGACGGAGACACGAGGAAAGUGGAGAAGGGGAAAAAGAUCGGAUGGAAAAGCACGAACGAGAAAAGAGAGAGCGCCAUCGAGAGAGAGAGCGACACAAAGAGGAAUAUGAAGACAAGAGGAGCGACAAAGAAAGACGAGAGAGACAUGGAGACAGAAAGCAUUUGGAAGUGAAGGACGAAAGAGAGCACAAAGAAGAACAGAGAAGACAUGAAGAGGAGAGAGAAAAGAGACACAGAGCGAGAGGAUAUCAUGAUGAAAAGCUGACGCAUGACGGCGAAUCCAGGGAGCAUCGAGGCUCGAAGGAUUCAGGUGAAGAGGUCAGGCGCCAUCGUGGUGACAGAGAGCCAGCAGAGCGGGACAAACGCAAAGAGAGGAGGCAACGGGAGAAAGAGGAGGAGGAGGAGGAGGAACCGGAAAGAAAUCAUCCCAGAGACGGGACCAGCUCCAAGAAACCUGCAUCUGAUAAAAGUCUCAAGCGUGAGACUAAAACUGAGCCUGAGGUAUCUCAGCUCCAGAUGAACGAUGUAGGAGACACAGAAGAGCCCGUUGCCAAUGAUGAAGAUUGUGGCUAUGAUGAUGACUUUGAGGAUUAUGAGGAGGACUUUGAGGAGAUGGACGAGAGCGCAAAUGAAGGCGAGGACGAGAGCGAGCCGCAGCAUCCAGAGGUCGGGGAAGAGAGGGAAGAACUUACAGCGGAAAGGAGAAAAGAGAUUGAAGCAAUUCAGAGAGCCAUGGACGAAGAGAACGAGAGAGUCGGAGCAGCUCGGUCCAGACAAACCCCGAGCAGAGAGGAGGAAGAAACGCCCAAAGGGUCCAGAGGAUCAGAAAAGAACCAGAGCAGAUCCUCCCAACGCGGGAAGUUUAUCGACUUUGUAGCCGCAAAGCAGCGCGAAGUCAGCAAGAAAGUGUCCACGAAACAGAAGAAACGCAGUACAGAGCUUCUUCGCUUAAUUGAUCUGGACUUCUCGAUGACGGUGUCUCUGUUGGAUCUGCCACCAGUGAAUGAAUAUGAAAUGUAUAUCAGAGCCUUUGGAACUGAGAACACUAAGCAGGCGUACGUUCAGUGCAAUGAGGACAAUGCCGAUAGAGACAUCCAGACAGAGGAGAUAGAGGUGUGUGAGAAGUGGACGCAGCAUCCUCCAGAGCACAAUGGAGCCUCGGGGGAUCCAAAGCUCUCCCAUGAAGCCCGAAACAAGAGUGAAAUGAACUUUGAUUCGCAGCGUCUGACAGCGUUCCUGCGCUCGGCCUCUCAGGUCAUGGUUGUCCUGUUGGAGGAGGAUCGAGCUGAGAGGAGAUCCCUGAGGAAGCCGAGGUCUCAAACAGACACGCCGUCUUUCAGCGACGGAAGUUUACAGCUCAACACUAAUUUGUCUUUUCUUUAUGGUCGCCGCAUCAGCCUGGUGCACUUCUCUGAGGUGCAGAGGCACACCAUGAUGUCGGUCCACGGCCCGACAACGACGCCCAGCGCUGUACGUCUUGACAGCUGCACCAUCAUCUGCAUCUGGAACAUUUGGGAGCCUUCCAGACCUCAAAAAGUCCUCGUCUACCAAUCCGAGGUGCAGUGUUGUUGCUUCAGCCCUGGAAAAGCCAUCCUGGUGUUUGCAGGUACGUCAGUGGGCUCCGUGGUGCUGUGGGACCUGAGGGAGCGCGCCACUGACCACUACUGCCUGAAGAUAGGGGACGGUGAAUGGACUUUCCGACAGCCUACCUUCUCCACUGAUGGAGUGAUGGCCGGCUCGAGACAUCUUUCAUCUGUGACAUCUGUAGAAGUCGUCCCGUCCACGGCACCGGGCGGCCUGAGGCCAGAGGUCCCCCUUCUGGCAUCCGAGGAAGAGUCGUCGGGAUUGUCAUUCCAGCUGGCUUCUCUGGAUGAAAUGGGGCUUUUGAAUUUCUGGGUGGUGGUGCAACUCCCAAAAGCCAACGAGGCCGGCUCUCCAACUGAUCUAGGGCUCAGGCCUGGCGGAAAAGUCAAGUUACUUCACAGCUCCCGCCUCCUCACUGCUGAGAGGGCGUCGCGACGAGACGCCGCAAAAACGGGGCCGUUACAGACGCUACUUUUGAAAUUCCUUCCAACCGACUCCAAUCAUUUCUUCAUCGGCACCAACAUGGGUCUGGUCAAUCAUGAGACAAGUCACGGCUUAAAGGCUCCGCCAAAGUUUUACAGGUUCCAGGAAGCCGGAGUACGACUUAUCGAUGUCACCUCUAUCCACUUUUCUCCAUUCAGGCAACACUUGUUCCUGGUGGGUUGUGGGGACGGCAGCAUCAGGCUGCAUGAGGUCAGCCGUGAGCACCCUGUGGCCCAGUGGAGGAGCGGUACCGCUGGGGAACCGGUGGUCUCGCUGCAGUGGGCCCAAACCAGACCGACGGUCUUCUGUGUGCUCGACGGCGCCUCCACGAUCCACAUAUGGGACCUGCUGGAAAGCGACGCACAGCCUGUGGUCACCGAAAGGAUGGACUCGGACAGGGUGACCGCCAUGGCCGUGUUUGGAGACUCGGGACAACAAAACACAUAUUCAGGAAUAGCACUUGCACACGAGUCAGGAAAGAUAGAAAUGCAGUAUUUCACGAAAGCUUUUACUGUGCCCACUGCUGCAGAAGAGGAGAAGCUGGAGAGUCUGGCGACCGACGCCUUCUGAAACACUGCAGCUUGUCUAGCUCGGCUUUUUAAUAACCCGGAAGAGCACAAAGAUCAAUUUAUGGUUCUGUUUAUGGUAAAUUCUGUUCAUACGCUAUGUGUUAUAUUUAAAUUGGAUGUGUUUGUUUUUCUCACUUGGAAAAGAAUAAUUACGAAAAGAAUGUGGCUGAAGACCAAAGGUCCCCUACAAGGGGCACAAUAACAUUUCAUAUCCUCCAUAAUUAUACGAAACAUAUGAUGUACAUAUUUGUUGAUGUCAUUUUUUUCUACUGCUUGAUAGUAUCAACUUUGAUUUUUAUAUAAUAAACUGACUAUAUCUGUA